UUCUUUCCUGCACAGGUAUCUGAGAUGAAUCCCACGAGCCAGUCCCUCAGCACCACAGAAUACGACUACGGGUAUGAUGAAAACACUGCUCCGUGCAGCGAAGGAAACAGCUUCCACAGGUUCAAAUCCCUCUUUCUGCCCAUCCUUUACUGCCUGGUGUUUAUCUUCUGCCUUUUGGGAAACUCCUUGGUCCUUUGGGUUCUCCUGACCAGGAAGAGGCUGACGAGCCUGCUGACCCUCGCAGCCUCCGAUCUCCUCUUCGUUGUGCCUCUCCCUUUCCAAGCCCACUACGCUUCAGACCAGUGGGCUUUUGGCAACGCUAUGUGCAAGAUAAUGGCUGGCAUUUAUUACACAGGUUUUUAUAGCAGUAUCUUCUUUAUCACCCUCAUGAGCAUAGACAGGUACAUAGCCAUUGUCCACGCCGUCUAUGCCAUGAGGAUCCGGACAGCCUCUUGUGGCAUAAUUAUCAGUUUAAUCCUGUGGCUGGUGGCUGGCUUGGUUUCUGUACCCAACAUCACCUUCAACCAGCAGCUGGAAGUGGAGCAGUCUGUGCAGUGUGUCUUCACGUACCCCCCCGGUGACAAUACCUGGAAGAUUGCUUCUCAGUUUGCAGCCAAUAUCCUAGGCCUCUUGAUCCCCCUUAGCAUCCUCAUUUACUGCUACGCCCAGAUAUUGAGAAACCUGCAAAAAUGCAAAAAUCGGAACAAGAUCAAGGCGAUCAAGAUGAUUUUCAUCAUUGUCAUUGUUUUCUUCCUCUUCUGGACUCCCUUCAACGUCGCGCUGUUCCUGGACUCCCUGCAGAGCCUGCACGUCAUCAACGACUGCCAGGCGAGCUACCGGAUAGCCCUGGCCCUGCAGCUGACAGAGGCCAUCUCCUUCAUCCACUGCUGCCUGAACCCCGUCAUCUACGCCUUCGCCGGGGUGACGUUCAAGGCCCACCUGCGAGGAGUGCUGCAGUGCUGUGCCCGU